CAGAGCACCAAUCAGCGCGGGGAGGCGGGCGCGGGGGGCGCGUCCCCACCGGCACCCGGAAGGAGCGGACGAAGCCGCGCAGCAGUCGGGACCGCGGCGGCGGUGGAGGGGGCGCUGGUGACCCAAGACAGCUAGAACAAGCAACCUGAAGACCACACUGCAGCUGCUGAGAGCUGCCUUUCCCAUCUGCUUCAGCCCUACACCAAGGAACAUUUCAGCAGAAGUGUCGACUUCGUGUACUACUUGCUGCUUAGCAUCAACAUUGAGAAAGCCUGAACUGCUCCAUCUGUUGUUGCCCAAAAUCUUCUCAUCCUUGUCCUCUGGCAUCACCUGUGCUGCAGAAGCAUGCCACUAACAUAAAGGCAUCAAAGCUGCAGUGCUGGUGGGUUAUGACCACAGGGGAGCUGUAUAGCAUCUGCCAGUCUCCAUCCUGCAUCAAGGGCACAUCUGAGCAGAGCCACUGUGGAAACUGAAGAGCUGGAGAGGACGGUGCAGAGGUUCGGAGGCACACCGUGAUGGUGGGACCCAUUCCACGGCAGCCACGCCGCUUCUGGGGGGUGCCUGGCUGGCGGGUGUCUUCAGCUAGUUGUGCCAACGACCGCCUGCUGCAGGACAGGAAAGUUAAUCCAGAGCAAAGCCGGGCCCUGCUGCAGAGGGAUGCUGCAUUGCAGUGCAUCCCAUAACAGAGGGCUCACCCGGACAUCCUGAGCAGGGCAGGGACGAGCUCCCACCUCCUGUCCUCGCUCCCUGACCUGUGGCACUUCACAGCCCCCCUCCUGCUGCUGCAUGGGCUGUUCUGACUCCGGCUCUGCUUGGAGUCCAGGCAAAUAAGGCUCCAUGCGGCACAUCCACACGGAAACGUCCCUGCCCCCAGAACACAGCAGGGACCCCAGCCUGUCCCAGUCCAGUGGAGAGGCACCCUUGGAGCCUUCUUCACAGCACUGCACGCACCACAGCAUCCUCAUGGGCUACAAUGAGACAGAGAUCAAGCGCCAGAAGGUUUACCAGGUCUCCAUCUUCUCCCAUCUCUCCAACUCCUCUGAGAGCACAGAGCAGCGGGCAGGCAGCCGGCUGGCUGUCAAGAGAGGUUACCCUGAGCAGCGAGCUCCGGAGAGGGGACGAGAUCCCAAACGAACUCACUGGGGUGGCAGGGGGGUGGAUAGCAAGCGUGACGGGGGCCCUGGGCCGGCUCCCCUCGAUGAUGAUGACACCUUCGAGGAUGGUCUGCUGGUGGAGGAGCUAUCCCUGUGUGGCUCUGCCCAGCACUUCUCCCACAGCGGGCUGCGAGUGGUGGAGCACCGGUGUGAGGGCAGCCCUAGCCACAGCCCCAAGGCCAGCAGAGAGGACAAGUCACAGGAUGUCGUCGUCUCCUCCUCCUCCUGGCCCCAGCACAUUGCUUGCAGUACUUUGCACAUGAGAGGCGGUUGCCUUGUCUCAUCGGGGGAUCAGCCUACAGACUACGGGGAGAAUGGGGAGCAGGCAAGUGGCCACAACUUACUUCACCUUGAUUUGCACAAUAUUGCACAAACAGCCCAUUUGGACUCUGAUGGGAAGAGAGAGAAGCCAGGAAGCAGCCCAGCUCACAGCAGCAGGGCUAGCAGAGAAGAGGAAUGGCCAGCGGUGGCCAACGGGUGCAAGGAGCCCCCAGCUCUGCAGACAGCACUCAGCCCUGAGCCCAGCAACCUGACCUCCCUGGAGAAGACGCCCUGCGGGACCAGCCAGCUCAGCAGCAGCUGUCCGGCCAAAAGGAAGCUGCUGCCCGCUGGCGAGGUUGUCACCGACUCCUGCUCUGAGGACGAGAGCCUGUCCCCGCCGGCAAGGAAGAAGAGGGUCCUGCUAUGCCAUCCGGUGCCCACGGCCUGCCGCAGCACUGAUGCCAAGGGGGCCCCAUUCUGGAAUCAUCUGCUUCCCACGGCCAAGAGCUCUGCGGAUUGCACUGCGGUCGGGAGGAGGCUGAAGAGCGGACUGCGCCUCAAAUCGCGACAUCUUCGGAGCAGCCUGCGGAGGGGUACCAGGUCCUCUGCAGUGCCCUGGGCCACCACCACCACUGUCAGCCAUUCUCUACUGGGCAACUUUGAGGAGUCCAUCCUGAAAGGGCGCUUUGCACCGUCAGGGAGGAUCGAGGGAUUCACAGCAGAGAUCGGUGCCAGUGGCUCCUACUGCCCCCAGCACGCCACUCUGCCCGUUGACGUCACCUACUUUGACAUCUCUGAACACAGCGCGCCCUCGCCUUUCCUGGGAGUGAUUGACUUGGAGGCCUUGGGAAAGAAGGGUUACAGUGUCCCCAAAGCUGGAACCAUCCAAGUGACCUUAUUUAACCCCAACAAGACUGUGGUGAAGAUGUUCUUGGUGACGUACGACUUCCAGGACAUGCCAGCCAACCACAUGACCUUCUUACGCCAUCGCAUCUUCCUGGUGCCCGUGGGGGAGAAGGAAGGGGCCACCAUGGCCACCAGCAAUCCACUGGGCACCGGCCCACCCCGCAGGGUCCUCUGCUACCUGAUGCACCUAAGGUUUCACAGCUCCAAGUCAGGGAAGAUCUACCUUCAUGACGACAUCCGGCUGCUUUUCUCUCGCAAGUCGAUCGAGGUUGACUCGGGAAUCCCCUACGAACUGAAAUCUUUCACGGAGAUGCCGAGGAACCCAUGCUACUCACCCCGGGCCUGACCUUCUCCAUCCCCCAGGACCCCCAGACAGCCCCUAGACCAGCACUUUGCGGACAGAUGAGUAAAGGGCCAGCAAGCAAGCAAGCACCACCUCGAAGUAUCACCUUCCCUGCGUGCCCCCAUCCUCCUGAACAGCAUGGAGGCCAUAUGCAUGCCCUGCGGCAGGGCUGGGAUCAUCAAGGGAGCUUCACCGGGAGGGACAGGCGCUGAGGAGUGGCCCUGGCCCUCCAGGACAUGCCCAAGCCUUCUGCCCACGCUGCUGCCAGCUUGGAGACUUGGCUGGAGCUUGGGUUGGGGGGGGGAAUGAAGAGUUGGGUGGGGGGCUCUGGGUGAGGCUGCCCAUGCUGAUUCCGGGGUUGGGAGCAGAAAGUGCGGAAGAGUUUGUAUUUAUUAGUAUUUAUUGUUGCUGGGAGCGCAGAGGCGGCUUGUGCAGAGGAUUGGAGGUGCUGUGCUGUUUUUCUCCCCACCCUGUUGGCGCUGGAUGAGGCCCCUGGCAGUGCGGGGCUGCCCAGGUUGGGGCAGGGCUGUGGGGACUGUGAGGGUGACUGGGGUCAGGGACACCUUGACCUGUGGGAGACAGGGUGACCUACCUCUCAGCCAGGGUGCAGCUCCUGGGCUGGGGCUGUGUUAAAAGCCCUGAGAGAGGCUGAGAUUUGCUUGGGCACCAGCUCUGUGGGGCCAGCCCCAUUUCAGGCAGUUUGGGGAGGCCUGGACUUGUCCUCCCACCCCCCGAGAAGUCUGUGGCUGGCAGGGAAGUGGCCAUUGCCAGGAAUCUUGGGGCUAAGAGACAUGGCUGUCACACAGAUGGGAACCUGGGGCUCUCUGCAGGAAUAUGGGGACAGGCCUCCUCCCAGAAGCCUCCUGCGCCUGUGUGUGUGGGUCUGAGACAAGGUGGAGAUUGCCAAAAAAUCAAAGCCAGGAGGUGGCUUUGGGCAGGGGCCUGCCGGCAGUGUGAUCAGGUGCUGGAGGACGGGCAGGAGCCCUAGCUUAGUGCCUGGGAAGAGGAGAAGCAGUGGAGGAUGUCAAAUUGGAGUCAGGUUGGACCUUCACGAGGGGGCUUGGGGCUGGUCUGGAGCAGCCUGGGGAGCUGCGGGACAAGCUCGGGGGGGUCAGAGAGGCGAGAGGGGGCAAGGGAAAAACGAGCGUGCCUGUUCCCUGUACCCGGGGUCUCUGCUAGGCUCCUGCUGCCAGCUCCGGCUGCGGGAGGGGGAGAGGGACGGGUCCCUGCACAUCGUAUGCCGGCCGCUGUGGGGCUGACGCCUCGCUGGGGUGGGUGUCGCUCCCCCCGGCUGGCGCAGCUGGGGCACAGGGUCGGGCCAGGCCUGCACUGUACCGGAGUGGGUACGAGGUGCUGCUCGUCCCUGCCGGGCUGAGGGGCUGGGGUCCUGCCUUCCACCCCCCCCCCCCCCCCAGCACCGGGUCCUGGGGUCUCCCAUGACACUAGGGCCCCGCUCCCCCCUUUCCCUUCUCCUCCCCCCCCCGCCCCGGACACUGGGGGUGCCCCGGGUCCCACUCGCGGCGUCCCGGCGGUGGCGGGGAGGCUCUACCGGUACUUGUCGUGUUUGUUUCUAAUUUAAUAAAAGCCCCUUUGGAGAU